GUGAACGCGGUGGAGUGAGCGCGCAGCGCGUUCUCGUAAAGAUGCCCGCGUGCAACUGUGUAUUCUCGCCAGCAGCAUAGAGUCCCACAGUGGGCUUUUGUCGUCACCAGCCGGUUUGUUUGGGACAGACGGGGUGAUAAGUGCAGUCAGACUGGUUGUCUACGCCAAAUCAGUGUUCGUUCCCCUGUGCUUUAUGAAGAUAUUGAAAGAUACUUGUCAAUCGGGAGGGUGUGAUUGACUCCACGCGACCAUGACAUCAGAUAUCACUCCUGAGGCAGUUGGCUUCCUGUCGGCUGUAGGCAUCUUUGUCAUGCUGCUGGCCAUACUCUUUCUCUUCAUCAAUAAAAAGCUUUGUUUUGCUCGCGUGGGAGGGUUGUCCUGCCUCGAACAGUACAGCCGCCACAAACGAAGAGACCAUGCUGGGAUACACCAAGGACUGGUGAAUAGUUACGGUGAUGACGGGGAGAUUUCUAGUUUGUCAGACAGCGAGGAUGAGUUAGCAAAGCAUUUUGAGAUCUCCGUGUCCCGCUCACAAAGCUUCCGUUCAGGGAUCAUGGAGGUCAACAACCAGAGUGCACCAGGACAUCAGCACAAAUUUAAACGUCUGCUGUCUGACCAGGAGGAAAGAAGCACAGGGCCAUCUGACUGUGAAGAAACUGAGAGAAUCAGUCUUCAGGGAUUUCAAGAUCCCCUCUCGUCUCGGCGACACAAAGGGCCGGAGCUGAAAGACCCCCUAUCACAGAGUCCUCUUCCUGAGAGCCGAAUAUUCACAGACCCUCUCUCUAUGAUGGCGGAACAGAUCUCUGUGGGGUCCCAUGACAUAGAGGACGGUCUGGAGGCUCUACCGAGGGACGAAGGGAGUCAAAUGGGCAGCAUGGGCUGUCAAACCCCACAAAGGACUCUGGCAAUGGACAAGCAUGUUUAUGAAAACAGCGAGACUACAGAUUACUCUACAUGGAGCUCUGAGGGGCACAUCUCAAAAUGUGGUGACAUCAUAAUUGCCCUCGACUACCGGGCCGACACCCACAGGCUCCUGGUCACUGUGGUUGCGGCUGAAGGCAUUCCAGACAAGGCACGGAGUGGCAUGGACUCCUGGCAGGUGCACGUGGUGCUGUUACCUGGAAAACGUCAGCGGCACAAGACGGCAGUACAGAAAGGUUCCAUGCCGCGGUUUGAGGAGACCUUCCGGUUCUCACAUCUGGAACCAGGGGAUUUGGGUUCCUCGGCACUGCACUUCCGCCUGUACGCGCUGGGGAGGAUGAACAGAGAGAGGAUGAUGGGAGAGAACAUGUACAGGCUGAGCAGACUGAGACACAUGAAGCAACUCGAGAUCACACUGGUGCUGGAGCCACGCAGUAAUCUCAAGACAGUAGACUCUCAGUUGUCUUCCAGCACCCAGAGUGACAGUGCUUCCUCUAGUCAGUCUGUGUCUCAUGGUGGAAAUCCAGAACUACUGCUGGGUUUAUCAUAUAAUGCCACCACAGGACGAUUGUCAGUGGAGAUCAUUAAAGGCAGUCACUUCCGUAACUUUGCACUCAACAGACCUCCAGAUACAUUUGGGAAGCUCACUAUGCUGAACUCUAUGGGACAAGAGAUCUCCCGCUGUAAGACAUCCAUCCGCCGCAGUCAGCCAAAUCCUGUCUUCAAGGAGACAUUUGUCUUCCAAGUGGCGCUGUUCCAACUCUCAGACGUCACAUUAAUGGUCUCCAUAUACAAUCGGCGGAACAUGAAACGCAGGGAGAUGAUUGGCUGGGUGGCUCUGGGCCAGAACAGCAGCGGAAAAGAGGAACUUCUUCACUGGCAAGACAUGAAAGAGAGUGGAAACCAACAGGUCUGUCGCUGGCACACCCUACUGGAGGCUUAGGGGAGAGAAAGAGGGGGAAAUUGAUUAUUCCAUUUGAUGGAAAUAUAAUCGCACUAACCUAAUUGUGUUCAGGAUAUUCCUUUGGGAAGAAAGAGACAGACAGUAGAAAGCAAGGCCAAACUUACCCAUGAAUGAAAGUAUUAUACAAAGACUGGUUACAACGAUAAGGCAUGCAGUUGUGAAAAUCUUGCAAAUACCUACAAUCACAAAGAAAACACCCACACACCACUUUCUUUUUCCCUAAGGGUACUUAAUACAGCCUCUUAUCUGAUCUCCAGGAAAUGACCUCACAGUAUAAUACACAGACUACUCCCUUCAACCUCUGCAGCAGCCAAUUAAAACAAAUUAUUGACAGAGCCACAGUGAUUAUCGCCUAGUGAUUUCACAAGCUGAGGUUUUGAUGUGAAAUAAACACCUUUCUUCAGCUGAUUCUAAGUUUAGACUCACUAUAGGACUAGUUUGUGAUUACUGAUGAUGUUCUGAAAGAUCAAACCUUUAAAAAGCGGAAAACUGUUAGUGGAACACAUGCACUUUCAUACAUGCUCUUUUCCUAAUGGCAUUAAAGCUGUUUCAUUUAUUAAAUUUGUAUCUACAGUACAUUCAAAACAUUCUGUAAUUUAUAGUAAUGGAUAGUGAGUAAAUAAAAGUCUUUGCUCCCUGGAUAAGAUCCAUCCCCUUAACUUACCUUUUAUAAUGCUGGUAAGAAGAGGGCUCUCAAUCUUCAAAUGACUUAAAGCUUAAUGUUUAGAAAUUAUGACGUCUCAUAGACUGAAAUGUCAGUACCCUUAUUAUCAACCGUCAUGCCUUGAUGAGCAUCACACAGAUAGUUACGCUAACCACUGAUUGUCCGAACAUACAACACAGACACUUACUGUAUGCAUGUCCAAGACAUUGCCAAGUCCAGAAAUCUUAUUCUGAAUAUCCUAAAACUGUCCACAUGACAUUAAACUCUUUUCUAAUGCAUGCCUGUAAUUUGCUUUUAAAGUGCCUGCUCAAAUCUGUAUGUUUAUAUAUAUAUAUAUAUAUAUAUAUAUAUAUAUAUAUAUAUAUACAGUGGUUUUGAAGAUUAUAGCAUGGAAAACAUUACGUAAUACAGAUGCAUCCUCAAUGUUCCAAAGUCAAUUAGUGCCUGUUUUGCAUGCUUUUAAAUGCUGUGUUUUUUUAAGAUAAAUGCAUUUAUUUUUGUCUGUUAUUAAAAACAUCUCUAAGACAUGAGUUAUAUGUAUUUACAGUUGAAGUCAGAAGUUUACAUACACCUUAGCCAAAUACAUUUAAACUCCAUUUUUCACUAUUCCUGACAUUAAAUUGUAGAAAACAUUCCCUGUCAUAGGUCAGUUAAGAUCACUACUUUAUGUGACAUGUCAGAUUAAUAGUAGAGAGAAUUAUUUAUUUCAGCUUUUAUUUCUUUCAUCACAUUCCCAGUGAGUCAGAAGUUUACAUACACUUUGUUAGUAUUUGGUAGCAUUGCCUUUAAAUUGUUUAACUUGGGUUAAACAUUUUGGCCUUCCACAAGCUUCUCACAAGUUGUUGGAAUUUUGGCCCAUUCCUCCAGACAGAACUGGUGUAACUGAGUCAGGUUUGUAGGCCUCCUUGCUCACACAUGCUUUUUCAGUUCUGCCCACAAAUUUCAGAAAAAAUCAGAUUGAGGUCAGGGCUUUGUGAUGGCCACUCCAGUACCUUGACUUUGUUUUCCUUAAAUCAUUUUGCCACAACUUCGGAGGUAUGCUUGGGGUCAUUGUCCAUUUGGAAGACCCAUUUGUGACUGAGCUUUAACUUCCUGGCUGAUGUCUUGAGAUUUUGCUUCAAUAUAUCCACAUAGUUUCCUUCCUCAUGAUGCCAUCUAUUUUGUGAAGUGCACCAGUCCCACCUGCAGCAAAGCACCCCUACAACAUGAUGCUGCCACCCCAUGCUUCACGGUUGGGAUGAAGUUCUUCGGCUUUCAAGCCUCACCCUUUUUCCACCAAACAUAAAGAUGGUCAUUAUGGCCAAACAGUUACAUUUUUGUUUCAUCAGACCAGAGGACAUUUCUCCAAAAAGUAAGAUCUUUGUCCCCAUGUGCACUUGCAAACUGUAGUCUGGCUUUGUUACGGCAGUUUUGGAGCAGUGGCUUCUUCCCUGCUGAGCAGCCGUUUAGGUUAUGUCGAUAUAGGACUCGUUUUACUGUGGAUAUAUAUAUAUAUUCUAGUCUACCUGUUUCCACCAGCAUCUUCACAAGGUCCUUUGUUGUUGUUCUGGGAUUGAUUUGCACUUUUCACACCAAACUAUGUUCAUCUCUAGGUGACAGAAUGUGUCUCCUUCCUGAGCAGUAUGAUGGCUGCAUGGUCCCAUGGUGUUUAUACUUGAUUACUAUUGUUGUACAGAUGAACGUGGUACCAUCAGGCAUUUUGAAAUUGCUCCCAAUGAUGAACCAGAUUUGUGGAGGUCCACAAUUUUUUUUUUCUGAGGUCUUGGCUGAUUUCUUUUGAUUUUCCCAUGAUGUCAAGCAAAGAGGCACUGAGUUUGAAGGUAGGCCUUAAAAUACAUCCACAGGUACACCUCUAAAGGCUUGACAUCAUUUUCUGGAAUUUUUCAAGCUGCACAGUUAACUUAGUGUAUGUAAACUUCUGACCCACUGGAAUUGUGAUAUGGUCAGUUAAAAGUGAAACAAUCUGUCUGUAAACAAUUUUUGGUAAAAUUACUCGUGUCAUGCACAAAGUAGAUGUCCUAAACGACUUGCCAAAACUAUAGUUUGCUAAUAUGAAAUCUGUGGAGUGGUUAAAAAAAUAAGUUUUAAUGACUUCAACCAAAGUGUAUGUAAACUUCUGACUUCAACUGUAUGUCUGAUAUAAAUAUAUUUGUGUAACUCAAAUUAUGUAUUGAUCUUAGUGAAUAAAAACUGUGAAAAUAGGUGCGUAUACUGUUAAAGACUUUCUGCUAGAGCAAAUUUACAAUUUAGUGGAACCAAACAUAUGGUCUCAUCUUGCGAUCAGGCCUGUUGGAUUGAAGUGAUAGGAUGUCUGAAACUGAUUGCCACAAGAGUGUGUUUCUAUUAUUUUUCCCACCACGCACUGUUUGCUUAUGAAAGUGGAAAAGUCGCUUAUGCUUCAAGGAGAUAAUUAAUCAGACGUGAGGUUAAAAGAUCAUUUUACAGGGAUACAACAAUUUAAGAGCUUUUAUUGCAUCAAAUAUUUUAGAGGCCAAGGGCGUAGAUUUGGUUUGAAAGUUGGUAGGGACACAUCGCAAGGAUAAAAGACAGAAUGUUGGUAAAAAUGUUGGAAAAAUCUAUUAAUUUCAAGGAUUGGACGUAAAAUACCAAUAGAAAUCCACUCCUAUAAUCUCCAGAACAUGAUUUUUAAAAAAUCUUAGAAAUGACUUAUUGGUAAAUCCUGCACAGCGCUGAGAAAAGUAACAGGUGCCACAUGACAACAUGGAUUAUGAGCAGUUUCAGAAGAGAUAGGACAAUAAUUCACAUAUGAAUAAUUAUACUAAAGACCUUUAAUAGUUGUCAAAAUGAAAAUAAAAACAUAGUACAAAGUUAAAGCAUUUUCUGUAUGGUAAAAUUUCCCAAAUGUUGGUCGGGACAUUUCCGAUUUUCUGAAAGUUGGUAGGGACCUGUUCCUAUCAUACAUAAAUCUACACCUAUGCAAUAGGCUGUUAUGAGUUUAAAGACUACUCAAAGUUUAAUUAACCCUAAAAAGGUUUGUAUCCUGGGAAUACAAACAUUUAAGAGGCUGGGGAGAGGAGCAAUGAGUGAGCCAGUCAAAUUUUUGUGAAAAUAUUGAAAAGGGGGUCCCUGCAAAUAUUGAGGACAUGGGACUUGGUAUAUAAAGUCUGGCUUCAACUCACAGUCUUUAUCUAAAAAUGAAAAAGUCAGCAUUUUUUGAGAAGGCAGCUGAUGUCGAGGCAAACUAAUUUUUGUUUUCACACUAUAAAAUUGAAAAUAAAAGCAAUAUUUUAGAAAAAACAAACAUGGAA